AGAGAGCAUCAGGAGAGAGAGAGAGAGAAAGAAAAGCUCAACAAAGCAAAAGCCCAAACCUCAAUCUUCACGGAACCAGAAGACUUGAAGCCCAAAACAACGACAGUGGUAUAUAUAUAAGCAGAUAUAUAUAUUGUUCAUCGAUGAUUUCUAGGGUUUCUUUUUCUCGUUCCUCUUCAAUCCAUAUUGUUAUCUGAUCAAUGAAUCAAGCAGUUCACAAGGUCAGUGACUCCUUAUUCUCUCUAAUUUAUGUUUUCCGGACAUCCAAUUGAAUAAACGACAAGAUUAUUCACCACCCGUUUCGUGUGUGUAUGUAUAGAUUUUAUAAGAGAAAUCCGUGUAUUGAGAUAUUUAUACAGACAUAGCUGGUUCUUGUCAUGCGAUUGUCUCGGUCAGCUUCGAUUGCGAAGAGAAGGAAGGAUCAGAAAUUGGGUAAUUGUAGGGCUAGGAAAAAGCACAAGAGGCUCGACGCAAUUUGUGAAAAGGCGUAUAAUCGGAACCAUGGUGGCGUUAAAGCCGAAUCAAGUGAGGGUAAUGCUGAAACUGGAUUGGUGGGGAGUGAAUUGGAGCUGCGUCGGAGCACUAGGGUUCGGAAGGCUCCGGUGGUGCUCGAUGCAUCGCCCCCGCUGCCAAAGAAGCGGCAGAAAAUUGAUAAGAAUAGGGGAUUUGAUUCGUCUGGGAGCGUUAAGAUGGAAGAUGAGGUGAAGAGUGAGCCUCCUUGUUCCACUUCGGGGGGUUUGGAGCAGGAAUUGGAUAGUUGGAAGUCCAGGUUGAGAUCAAGGGCUAGAAACGCGAGUUUUCGUGGGAGGGAAAAAGGGGAGUAUUUGCUGAGAGGGAAAAGAAAACUAUUUAUGGAUUUUGAUGGGGUUGUGGAAGAACCCAAGUUAAAGGUUGUAGAGUUGAAUCAGGAGGAGGAGGGGCUCGAAGUUGGGAAGUCGACCGUUGUUAAGUCGAAGAGGCCAGGUAGAAUUAAAGCUUCAAAUGUUUUGAGGACUGAGGAUCAAGGGAUUGGGUUAGGUGGUGUCAAAGAGGAUAGCAGAGAGAUGAAUAAAGGGGAGGUGCUAGUAGUGACUGAUGGGUCAUGCAUAAAUAAUGAAAUGGAAUGUGGAAAUGAUGGGGAAGUAAAAGAUGACAAUGCUGCUCCACAAUCGAUUGAGAAUGAGGAGAGCAAAGUUCAGAAUGGUUUACAGCUCGAAGAGUGCCGAGACGAAGACAACUUGGUAUUCAUGGAACAAAAUAAACAGGUGGAACAAUCAGAUUGUUUGAAGGAGGGAGAGAACCAAGGGGAUGCUGGAGAGCUUGGCAGGGUUUCUAGUGAUCAAGUGGAAGAUGGUGGAUGUCAUAAUAAACAGUUGGGUGAUGAGAAUCCCAAGAAGGUGGGCGAGACUUCUUGUGCUCUAACUUAUGAAUUUAACAAGCCUCGUAUAAAAGAGGGAAGAAGAUGUGGUUUGUGUGGGGGAGGGACAGAUGGCAAACCUCCAAAAACAUUAGUGCAUUAUGGUGCUGGGAGUGAGAAUGAGGCAUAUAGUGGAUCUUCUGCGUCUGAGGAGCCUAACUAUGACAUUUGGGAUGGAUUCGGCGAUGAACCUGGCUGGCUUGGACGCCUAUUGGGUCCCGUAAAUGAUCGUUUUGGAAUUGCUGGAAUCUGGGUGCAUCAACACUGUGCUGUCUGGAGUCCAGAGGUUUAUUUUGCUGGUUUGGGAUGCUUAAAAAAUGUUAGGGCAGCACUGUGCAGAGGAAGGGUAUUGAAAUGCACUCGUUGUGGGAGGCCAGGGGCGACCAUUGGAUGUCGUGUUGACCGAUGUCCAAAAACUUACCACUUGCCUUGUGCACGAGCUAAUGGUUGUAUUUUUGAUCAUCGCAAAUUUCUGAUAGCCUGCACAGAUCACCGGCAUCUCUUCCAACCUUAUGGCCCUCAGAGUGUGUACCGGUUAAAGAAAAUAAAAGCUAAGAAAAUAAAAUUGGGGAUGAGAAAGCUGUCAAAUGAUGCCUGGAGGAAGGACCAUGAAGCAGAAGAAAAAUGGUUAGAGAACUGUGGGGAAGACGAAGAAUUUUUAAAGCGGGAGAGCAAGAGGCUCCAUCGAGAUUUGUUGAGGAUUGCACCUGUAUAUAUUGGUGGCUCAAACAUGGAAAGCAAAAUGCAAUUUCAGGGUUGGGAAUCCGUUGCUGGGCUUCAAGGUGUCAUCCAAUGCUUGAAGGAGGUUGCCAUUAUACCUCUAUUAUAUCCUGAAUUUUACAAUAAUCUGGGGCUUACGCCUCCUAGGGGAGUUCUGUUACAUGGACAUCCUGGUACAGGAAAAACUUUGGUAGUGCGUGCACUAAUCGGUUCAUGUGCUCGUGGUGAUAAACAGAUAGCCUACUUUGCUCGCAAAGGUGCAGAUUGUUUAGGAAAAUAUGUUGGUGAUGCUGAGCGCCAGCUGAGACUUUUGUUUCAGGUUGCUGAGAAAGCUCAACCAUCUAUAAUAUUCUUCGAUGAGAUAGAUGGGUUAGCACCUUGUCGCACUAGGCAGCAAGAUCAGACGCACAGUUCAGUUGUGUCCACAUUGCUUGCUCUAAUGGAUGGUUUAAAAUCUCGAGGUUCAGUUGUAGUAAUUGGGGCUACGAAUCGUCCUGAUGCUGUUGAUCCAGCUUUAAGACGGCCUGGGAGAUUUGAUAGAGAAAUUUAUUUUCCACUGCCUUCGGUUAAAGAUAGAGAAGCUAUCCUCUUGCUUCAUACACAGAAGUGGCCGAAGCCUGUUAGUGGAUCAUUGCUCAAGUGGAUUGCCAGGAGAACUGUAGGAUUUGCUGGUGCUGAUCUGCAGGCUCUUUGUACUCAAGCUGCAAUUAUUGCUCUAAAGAGAAGCUGCCCCUUGCAGAAACUUCUGUCCACAUCUGGAGAGGAAGCUCCUCAUGGUAAACGCCCUCCCCUUCCCACUUCUACCGUGGAGGAGAGGGACUGGUUGGAGGCACUUUCUUGCAUGCCACCUCCAUGCUCUCGAAGAGAAGCUGGAAUGGCUGCAAAUGAUGUGGUGGCGUCACCUCUUCAAGACCAUCUUUUGCCUUGUCUGCUGCAACCACUUUCCAGAUUGCUUGUGUCCUUUCACCUAGAUGAGCGUGUCUGGGUGCCGCCUCCUCUUUCUAAAGCUGCUGCAUUAGUAAAAAACAUCAUUAUGUCUGCUUUAGAUAAGAAGAAGGUGCGAAGUGAUUGUUGGUGGUCCCAUGUUCAUGAUUUGCUUCAAGAAGCAGAUGUUGCAAGUGAGAUCCAGAGUAAUCUUUCACAUGCCCAUAUUUUAGUUGGAAAUGAGAACUUUGCCCAGUUCGAAGAUUCAGAUGAUAAUAGUGAUGAAAACAGUUUGAAGCCUGAACCUUCCAAACUGCACCGUGUGGUUGCUCACACUAGUCUGUUGCAGAACAUGUCUGGUGCAUCAGGAAAAAUAUCAGGAUUUCGCAUAUUGAUUUCUGGAAAUCCCAGAUCUGGCCAGAGGCAUCUUGCUUCUUGCCUUCUCCACUGUUUUGUAGGGAAUGUUGAAAUUCGGAAGGUUGAUUUGGCUACAAUUUCUCAAGAAGGACAUGGAGAUGUGAUGCAGGGAUUAACACAAAUUUUAAUGAGAUGUGCUAGUGAGAGUUCGUGCAUGAUAUUCAUGCCAAGAAUUGAUCUCUGGGCUGUAGAACAACAUGAUCAAGGCAACAAGAAGACUGAUUACCCUUUAAUGAACCUUGAAGUGUCUGAGAACAAGUCCUGUUCACCAAACAGUGAAGUAUCUGAUAAUGAAGGCAAUUUGUCUCCAUCAGCAAAGAUGGCAGGGCUCCAAGAUGCUUUGCAAAGGGUCUCAGAUCUGUGGAGCUCAUUUGUUGAGCAGGUGGAGUCAAUAUGUGUGUCUACAUCCUUGAUGAUUCUGGCUACAUCAGAAGUGCCAGUUGCAGUACUUCCUCUCAGAAUAAGGCAUUUCUUUGAGAGUGACUCACUGGAUUGUAUUCCUUCAACUCACUUGGGAGGCACAGUACCCCGAUUCUCUGUGUCUGUCGAUGAGAAUUUCGACCAUGAUAUGGUGAUUGAUUCAUCUGCAGCAAAGUUAUCAAAUGAUUUGGCACGACAGUUUGUUCAGUUGAUACAUCAUAGAACUCAUGUCUGUGGAAGUACAUGCAAGGAAUAUAAAGCUUGCAAUAACAUUGAAGGCGAUGCAGAUACAAUUUGUGCCAACCUGGUUACUGAACCUGUCACUGAACAUGGAACCAAAGGUGAAUGCCCUGUUAGUCCUGUUAUGAGAUUUCCACUUCCACUUCCAACCAAGUAUAUGAAAGGGAAACCGAGCUUGCUGUCAGCGAUAUCAGCAUUUGGAUAUCAAAUCUUGUUGUAUCCUCAUUUUGGAGAACUUUGUUGGGUCACAUCCAAGUUAAAAGAAGGUCCCUAUGCCGACAUAAAUGGACCUUGGAAGGGCUGGCCUUUCAAUUCAUGUAUAGUUCGUCCUAACAACUCAUUAGAAAAGGUAGUUGCUGCUUGUAGCUCGAGCAAUGUUAAAAGCAAAGUACAAUCUGGUUUAGUUAGAGGCCUAAUCGCUGUUGGUUUAUCGGCAUAUAGAGGUGUCUAUACAUCACUUCGGGAAGUUUCCUCUGAGGUUCGGAAGGUUUUGGAGCUCCUGGCUGGACAUAUUAAUGCUAAAAUUCAGGCUGGGAAGGAUACAUACCAAUAUAUUCGCCUUCUAUCCCAAGUGGCUUAUCUCGAUGAUAUGGUUAACAGCUGGGCAUACACACUCCAAAGUUUGGAGGUGGAUGCUCAACAUACAGAGGCAAGCCCUAAGCCAUCAUGUGUGGAAUCUGUGGACAGUUCAAAUAUUAGCAAGGAUAAUCUCGUGCAGGGUGAUGAAUACAAACCAAAUGUUCCUAAUAAGAGCUCUCAGGAAUCUGUAGUGCAGGAAAAAAGUCCCGGGGGAUUGGAUGCCAAAAACAUUGUAUCUAUUGAUCUGAAAGAUGAUAAUUGUCAUCACUCAGAAACAGAAGGGAGACCUGCAGUUUUAGAAGAGCUUUCAGAACAGUGUGUCUUGCACCGUGCUGUUGCUGUUCCUCCAAUACAUUUUCAGGGUUCUUCAUCUGCUGCUGAUUCAUUGGGUGUCAAAACAUCGGUUGAGCAAAAUGGGGUCAAUGCCGAGUCAUUUAGGUCAGAAGAUUCUGGAACUCAUGCUGAUGGCUCUGGAGAUUUUGCUACCAUAAGACAAUCUAAUGGAUUUGCAUACAAAGACACUGUCGUCCUUCCCAGUGAUGGUCCCUCUUGUUCAUGUGAUUCAGGUUGUGUAAAGCUGUCUAGCACUGGAAAAGAGAGCAACCAAGAUAAUGGUUUGUCCUUGGCAGGGAUUAGUACUCAAUCUGAGGAUGGAAAACUAAACUCUGCCAGUUUACCAACUGAUUCUGGUGUUGUGUGUUUGUAUGGUUGUUGCUCUAAGUGCCUAAUCAAUAUCUACCAUUUAAUGCGAAAAAUUCUUACUUAUCAAGUGGGACUGGAAGGGAGUGAUUGGACAGCGGAAGAUGUUCAUGAUGUUGUGACGACAUUGUCUCUGAAUCUUCAUACGACAAUAAGGAAAUUUUUUCUGGCUGGAAGUUCAAGCAAUACAUUUGAAAAAAAUCUGACACUUGAUAAUUAUAGCAAAUUCUUUGAAGAUCGAGAAAUGUGGACAUGUCUUUGUAAAAAUUCAGAAAAUAGAUUGGUCAUACCGAUGGAAUGUAUGUGUGAUUCAACAAACAAGAGUACAGCUGCUGAAGUAAAUUCCUCUCAGAAUCUUCAACAGUGGCUUCAUUCAAAAUAUAUCUACAGAGACGGUGUGCUGUCCAAUGUGGAUCCUGAAAAGGAUGCUUCUUGUCACUGUAAAUUUAAGACAUUAUGCCUUUGUUCUCUUAUAGAGUGGAUAGUAAUGGCCAAGCAGCCUUUAGAUUGAUGUGAUGCUGUCACAUCUUUAAUUGGCUUCCCCUUGGCAAAUUUUGAUGUACUUGCGGAAUUUAGGUAUGAAAUUUCCCUCAAGAGAUGUUAAAAAACAAAAUUUUGUCAUCUGAGUGUCAGUUUAAUUGAUGCUCUUCCAUGGACAACAAAUUUUGUCUUUCUGGCAUACAAGCUAAUCUGCCUUAUGUAAGUAGCAUUUGGAAUUUUUUGAUUCUUCAGUUUAUGUAAAUUUAUGAUGUUGUGAUCAUCGAUUGCUUGAUUGAG